AUGAAUGUAUCCGGCGUGGACGAGGACAGCUGGUGGAAGGACACCUUCGCGCCGCUCAUCGAGCUGUGGAGGUUGAUUGCCAACAGCAUCCCACGCCGCAUACAGAUCCGCCGCCCGCGAUUCAACUUCAUUACGGGCCACUACAUCUAUAUCAUCAGUGCCACCUUCAUCUUCUCAUGGAUUGUCUACCCGGGAGGCCCUCACGAUUCCAGCGACGAGGCUACGUACAUGCACUAUAUCGAUGCUCUCUUCUUCGGUGCUGGAACCGCCACGCAAUCUGGCUUGAACACCAUUGACGUCAACGCCUUGCACCUCUACCAGCAAAUAACGUUCAUGCUGGGAUCAUGUGUCUGCACUCCUGUCUUCGUCAACACCAUUGUCGUCUUCGUCCGCCUGUACUGGUUCGAAAAGAGAUUCGAACACAUCGUCAAGGACAUUCGGGAGCAGCGGAAGAACAAGACUCCGAGCCGCAGUCGAAGUCAGAUGCGAGCCGAUCCUGUACACGACGAUCCGGAUGCACUGGAAAGAGGUGUCAAUGGGCGGCCAAUACAGGUAGUACGGGACAACGUGCAAGCUACGAGGACUGACAACGACGAUGCAACGGACGAAGAGCACGCCAAAGCGGAGGAAUUCGCUGAAAAGCACGGCAUUGAGACCACACAAGCUGUGACUCCCUCCCCAGAAGGCAGUCAAAAAGACAAUGACCCCCAGAACGAGAAGUCUGCCCAUACAGAACAGGACCGCGAAUCGGGCUCAGAUGAUACUAUCACAGACCCUGCAGUUCAGGAAGGUCAGAAAGCUGGCCAACACACCCCACCACAAUCACCAGACGAGGAACCUCAAACACCCUUUCUUGGUCUCAAACGAGAAAUCACCUUUGCCGAUGAGGUGCCUCCCAGCGGCAGGCAGUCUCCCACGCUCGAACGCGUUUCAGAACGCCGGGAUUCGUCAAAGCACAUCGAGUUUCUAGAGCGUCAGAACAAGCAUCGAAAGGAAGGUGGUGCUCUUUACAUCCCAGGACCGCGAGAGCUGGACGAAGGCGCGAAGAUCGAACCUCUUGAUCGUGAUCGUGCAUUGCGACGGCUCAAUACUCACAAUUCAGCCAUAUCUCGCCCAGAAAGCACCAGAAGCAGAAGCAUCGACGCACGUGUUGAGAAUGCCGACACGGAGAAUCAUCCAGUUCGACGUGGUAUUACCAUUGACGAGCCGGAUCAUCCCGGUCACCGCAACCACGACGAUGCCGCUUCAACCUCAGGGAACGACCAUGGCAAAGGUCCGCUCUUCCGUCGUGGACACAGCAAAGGGAUCAGUAUUAGUGAUGCACCUCGUAGCUUUGCCCGGACGUUUUCUAACCUCACCGCCUCUCGAACCAGGGAGAGGAAUGACGAUCCAAUGCCGUACCUCAGCUGGACAGCCACUACGGGCCGCAACAGUGCGUUUCUUGGACUGAGCCAAGAACAACGCGAGGAGUUAGGUGGUAUCGAAUACCGCUCCCUCAAGACGUUGGCUUGUAUUCUUAUCGGCUACUUUGUCGGUUUCCACCUUUUGGCAAUGCUGAUAUUCUUGCCGUGGAUCUUGAGAGACGGCUAUUACCGCGACAUUCUCGAAAACACCUGGCUGCAAAGUCCAGUCUGGUGGGGCUUCUUUACCCCAGCCUCUCUGUUCAACGAUCUAGGCCUCACCCUCACGCCAGACUCGAUGAUCAGUUUCCAGGAUGCCAUCGUGCCGCUUCUCUUCGGCUCGUUCUUCAUCAUCAUCGGCAACACUGGCUUCCCCUGCAUGCUACGAUUCAUCAUCUGGACCUUGAGCAAGUUUGCCUUUCGUGGAACCCCGUUGUGGGAGGAGCUGCGCUUCUUGCUUGAUCAUCCUCGGCGCUGCUUUACGCUGCUCUUCCCGUCCAAGGCUACGUGGUGGUUGUUCUGGGUUCUUGUCGGUCUAAACGGCAUCGACUUGAUCUUCUUCAUCAUCCUUGAUCUCAACGAGUCCGUGGUCGAGGACAUGCCAGCCGGUAUUCAAGUGCUGAACGGCUGGUUCCAAGCGACAUCCACGCGAACGGCAGGUUUCGCAUCAGUCACACUUUCAGAACUUCACGCCGCCAUCCAGGUCAGCUACAUGGUCAUGAUGUACAUUUCGGUCUUUCCAAUCGCUAUCUCCGUGCGUAGGACGAACGUCUACGAAGAGAAGUCUCUGGGUAUCUUUGGUGGCGAAGAAGAGGGAGGCGAAGAGAGUCAGAGCUACGUCAGCCAGCAUUUGCGUCGACAGCUGUCCUUCGAUUUGUGGUACAUCUUCUUGGGACUCUUCAUCAUCUGCAUUGUCGAGGGAGAUCGGAUCGCCAACACCAAUCAAUACGCUUUUACGACGUUCAGCGUGCUGUUUGAGAUCGUCUCAGCGUACGGCACUGUUGGACUCUCGCUCGGCUAUCCUGGAAUCAACGCCUCCUUCUCGGCCGAGUUCAGAGUCAUCAGCAAACUCAUCAUCAUCGCCAUGAUGAUUCGUGGCCGUCACCGUGGUCUGCCAUACGCUCUCGAUCGCGCGAUCUUACUCCCCAGCGAGAAGCUUCAACAAAAGGAAGCAGAGGAUGCCGAGCUCCGGAACCAGCGUCGCAGGAGUACAUUCGCAGAAGGACCCACUGACCCCAAAGAGCUCAACCGCAGCCAGACGUGGUCGUCGCGUGGUCCGCUGGACGAGUCUGGUCUCCCCCUGCAAAACACCGGCAUCGACCCCGCCAUGACAGCCGGUGCUGGCGGCGAACGCAAUGCAGAUACGAUGCACCGGAUGAACACCCGCCGAUCCACCGCCCUGAGCACUCACAGUCAAACUGGAGGCAAGCACAAGCACAGCAAGAGUCUGACGGGCAUCGCUCUGGGUGCUUUGAAUGCUGGACCGACCAUCUCGAAUCAUGAUUAG